CGUCGCGGCGAUUAAGCUGGUGUUGGAAUCCACUUUCUUCGUAUACAGAGGAACAUUCUACAAACAGAACUUCGGUGUCCCGAUGGGUUCCCCACUUUCACCAGUCGUUGCAAACCUGGUUAUGGAGCGCCUAGAACAGGAAAGCAUGAGGAAGCUGGACAACAAACAAAUAACGAUGAAAGUAUACCGACGCUACGUAGAUGAUUGCUUCUGUAUCGCCAAACACGAACACAUUGAAACAAUAGUGGAAACUUUCAAUGAAUUUCAUGAAAAAUUGCAAUUCACGGUUGAAAGGGAGGAAAACCGGAAACUCAAAUUUCUGGACAUGACACUGCACAAGCAGAAUGGAAAAAUCGUGAAAGUGUGGACGCCGAAACAAGCCAAUGGAAGGUAUUUGGACUUCAACUCGGAAAGCCCUUUCCAACAUAAGCGCAACACGGCAAUAGCGCUAAUAGACAGAGCAAUCAAAUUAACGGAUGCAGAUGAGAGACACAACACAAUUAACACAGUAAAGCAAAUUCUCCGGAAGAACAACUACCCAACUUGGUUUGUUGCAAAGUUGCUAAAAUACAGAACAGACCGACACUACAACAGCCUACAAGAAAGGGAGGAGAAGAAGGAGACAAAGUACGUGUCAACGCCGUAUAUCCAGGGUCUAAGCGAGAAGUUGUCAAAACUUCUCAACAAACACGGCAUAAGUCUGGCAUACCAGACCCGAGACAAAAUAAAAAACACGGUAUUCAGCCGGCUAAAGGAUCCCAUCCCGAAACAAAAAACUAAAAAUGUUGUGUAUGCCGUCCCUUGCGGCACAGAUGACGGAAAAGUCUACGUGGGACAAACCGGAAGAAUGCUCGAAACCCGAAUCAACGAACAUAGGACGAACAUAAGAAAAAAGGAAGCCAAGACGGGAUUAACUCAACACCAUAUCGACGAAGGACACAAUUUCAACUUUGACAAAACGGAGAUUUUGGAAAAAAUCGAAAACCAGGCGAGCAGAACGAUAGCAGAGGCCUUCCACAUCAAGCUGCUAGGCGAAGCACGAACAGUGAACAUGCAGCGCGAAUGUGGAGGGAUCGACUCGGCUUACAACGGCCUAGUGUGCAAACUUCGGAGCCGAACCACACGCACACACCAACAACAAACGACCGACCCCGAAAACGAUCAACACGAAACAGCAGAACACAACACAUAGCAGCGAAAGGGGGGUUAGUAUUGCAACCACACUGGUGGUGAUCGAUUCAUGCAUAAAAUAUCUGAUGAUGGCUGAAGUUGAGUAGGCCGAAACGUUAUGUAUAAUCGAGUUUUAGUGUGUGUUUUCACCGAAAAUAGUCAACAAUCGUAAUAUAUAA